CCUGGGCAACCUGCAGGGGACCCAACACACUACAGCCACCCGCCCUGCCUGUCCCAACCAGCACAGCCCUCACGUCCCUUGACGCCACCAUCUGGCUGGGCCUCCACCCCUACUGGCCAUGGAGGUUUCCAGACCUCCCCCAGCCCUGGGAGGGGGCUGUCUCAGGACCCUGACCACUCUGCUGCUUCUGGUUUCCACAGCCACCACCCUCAAUGCCGCCAAGAUUCCUGUGUCCCCAGACUGCGGGAAGCCCCAACAGCUGAACCGAAUCGUGGGUGGCCAGGACAGUGUGGAUGCUGAGUGGCCCUGGGUUGUGAGCAUCCAGAAGAACGGCACCCACCACUGUGCAGGCUCCCUGCUCACCAACCGCUGGGUGGUCACUGCAGCCCACUGUUUCAAGGGCAAUCUGAACAAGCCAUCCCUGUUCUCAGUGCUACUGGGGGCCUGGCAAUUGGAGAACCCUGGCCCUCGGUCCCAGGAUGUGGGUAUCGCUUGGGUGCUGCCCCACCCUGGGUACUCCUGGAAGGAUGGGACCCGUGCAGAUAUUGCCCUGGUGCGCCUUGAACACUCCAUCCAGUUCUCUGAGCGAAUCCUGCCCAUCUGCCUACCUGAUUCUUCUGUCCAUUUCCCUCCGAACACCGACUGCUGGAUUGCAGGCUGGGGGAGCAUCCACGAAGGAGUGCCCCUGCCACGCCCUCAGAUCCUGCAGAAGCUGAAGGUGCCCAUCAUCCAUUCGGACCUCUGCAGCAGCCUGUACUGGCGCGGCGCGGGGCAGGAGACCAUCACCGAGGACAUGCUGUGCGCUGGUUACCUGGAAGGGGAGCGGGAUGCCUGUCUGGGCGACUCUGGCGGCCCCCUGAUGUGCCAGGUGGACGGCUCCUGGCUGCUGGCGGGAAUCAUUAGCUGGGGCGAGGGCUGCGCGGAGCGCAACCGGCCGGGCGUCUACACCAGUCUCCCUGCCCACAGCUCCUGGGUGGAGAGGGUAGUGCAAGGGGUGCAGUUCCGCGGGCGCUCGCCGGGUAGCGGGGCCCGCAGGGAGCCGAGCGCGGAUUUCCCAGUCGCUGGGCGCUCCUAGGGCGCUGGCACAAGUCGGGUGGGGUCUGGAGACCCGCGGCCGCCGGCGGCUUCCUGCGUUGUAAAUAAGCCAUCUACCUCUGAGGGGCGCUCGCGGCUGGCGCGGGAGGGCUAGCCACGCCCACCGCGCCAGGCUCCGCCCCCGGGCCGCCGGCGUCCUCUGUAUAUACGUGUUAAUGGUUUUUACAGUUGUUUGUAACUCUGCCCACAUAUUUAUUCUUCCAGUUUCAAUAAAUUAUUUAUUGUCCAGUU